AUGACAGAAUUUCCUUCAGAGCUUCAGAGAGGAACUUGCGACCAGCUUCUUUCGGGGGUAGUUUCUCCAAACGGAUCGGUAGUAGUAGUACUAGCAAUAAACUUGAUACGUUCGGGGCCGAGAGCACUGGUCCAUGUUACAGAUGCAGGUUCAAAUAUGUUUGAUAAUGGGUCUCCCUUGAGUAUAAGGAUAACAAGGUUUUCUUUGAAUGAGAUUCAUUCUACUAAGCUGGUUACUGUCGUUCAAUACGAUAAAGUUGGGCACUGGUCUGGAUUUACUUCUAUUGGGAAGGCUACCCCGCAUCCUUGUAUGGGCUCCAGCAAGGCAGCAGGGGGAGGUCCUGCUGACCAGAAGCAGUCUGUACCUCAGAACCAAAUUGGAGGGUCGUGUGGUACUCCUAAUUCGGGCCAUUCAACAGAACCAAGUAGCGGUGGGCAGCAGUUUCAACAGCAGCAUAAUAUGCAACCUCAGCACCACGGAUACGGGGGAAACGUACCGUCAGGACAGAUAACAGGAACUGCAGGCCCUGUUUCAGGAAAAGAUGGUUUGCAGUCUUCAGGACCAGGCUCUGUAAACAUGGGCCAUACGAUGAGAAGUGGCCCAUAUGGAGGUGCAAUUGGUUCAGGGCAGUCCAAAGGACCAGUUUCAAGAAACCAGGACAUUCCAGUAUAUCCAAUCAAAAAUAUAACAUCAUAUCUGCAUAGGUGGAGGAUUAUUGGCCGUGUUGUGAGCAAAAGUGAUGUCAGAAAGUUUUCUUCGUCCAAGACAAAGGAAGGCAAAGUGUUUUCAUUUGAGAUUUGUGAUGCAGAUGGCAGCGAGAUUAGAGCAACAUGCUUUACAAAGGCUGUGGAUAAGUUCUAUGACAUGUUGAAAGAAGGAGAAGUGUAUAGUUUUUCAAGAGGAGAUGUUAAAGAAGCUAAUACUCGUUUUAAUACUACUGGACACGAAUUUGAAAUUAUAUUUAAUGAAGACGCGGAAAUUCAGAGUUUACCACAGGAUGACCGGAUUCCAAAGAAGACCUUUAACUUUGUUCCUAUCUCCGAAAUCAGGGGAUACUCCAAAGGCCAGUCACUCGAUAUUCUAGGGAUUUUGCUCAGGGCUGGACCAAUCACAACUAUCACUGUAAAGUCUACUGGGGCAGAUACCCAGAAAAGAGAACUGACAAUCAUUGACAAGUCUGGCCAUAGUAUUGACUUGACCUUGUGGUCAGAAAGAACCCAAUUAGACGAGAAUCUCAUCUCUCAAAAUCCAGUUAUUGCUGUUAAAAACGCUAUAGUUGAGGAAUUUAAUGGGUUUAGAUUGAAGUUGGGUUCCAGCUCAUCUUUAGAGUGGAAUCCCUCUGGAGUUGAACAAUCGCAAGAACUCAGAAAUUGGUUCUACUCCCAGCCAAAUGUGCAAGAGUCUCUGGUUUCACUCUCAUCCUCUAGUCCAAGCCCCGGAAAUACUGGCUCAAAUUCUUCAACUCAGAGACUUUUUAUUGAUGAGAUAGUAGCUUCUGCUACUUCUGGCUCCAACUCUUCGGAUAUGCUUGAUGGAGGGAUUUGGGUUCACACUUAUGGAACCAUAAGGUCAAUUCGUGACAAUAAGUAUUACUGGAGUAGUUGUCCUAAGUGCAAACGAAAAGUCACUGAAAUUGAAGACCCUAACAGCAUUAAUGCUUUGGUAUUGCCUUAUGGAUCGGAAAAGGAGAGUAGCACAUCUCUUGGCCCCAAUUACCACUGUCCCAGCUGCCAACAAUCCAUUGAAAACCCUAUUAAAAAGUACAUUUUGAGUUGUGAGAUUGUUGACUCCACCGGUACAAUCAGAGCAGUAGCCUUUGCAGAACAUGGAGAAGCCAUAAUGGGUGGCAUAUCUGCAGAAAAACUUGAGUCACUUAAAGAAAAUAAUGAGAAAAACACUGAGGAUUAUUUCUCUGAUAAGCUAUUCAGUGAGUGGGUCUUUAAAUUGAAUGGUAAAAAAGAACUCUACCAGGAUUCUGAGGUCAUUAAGUACCGGAUCUUUUCGACUGAAGAUAUGACUAAUCCAGAAAUUUUGAACAGAGAAGCUAAAAGAAAACUUGAGUAUAUUUAUAACAAGCUUAAUAAUAUUAAGGAAACCAAUACUAAUAAUGCUUAUAAUACUGUUAAAGUCGGUAUGGGAUUUGGACAGUUUGGAUAUUAA